UAGGGAGGAAAAGUCAAGUCUAGUACUUGUAUUCUUCUCCCCCAUGAUUUCAAUCCUGCCUCCAUUUCAUUGUAUUACUUGUUGGUUUUCAAUUCACAAAAUCCACCGUUGAUUGAAUCAAGAAAAGACUAGGAGGAGGGGUAAUAAAUCUAUAUGGAGAGAAUAAUUGGGGAGAAGUACAAGCUAGGUAGGAAGAUUGGAAGCGGCUCUUUUGGCGUUAUAUAUCUGGCUACCCACAUCGAAACCUUUGAGAUUGUUGCUGUCAAAAUUGAAAAUAGGCAGACAAGACAUCCUCAGUUGCUUUAUGAGGCAAAGCUGUACACUAUACUUCAGGGAGGAAGUGGUAUUCCUAAUAUAAAAUGGCGUGGGGUUGAUGGGAAUGACAGCGUCCUCAUUAUUGACCUGCUUGGUCCCAGUCUUGAAGACCUCGUUGUACACUGUGGGAGGAAAUUCUCACUAAAAACUGUUCUAAUGUUGGCUGAUCAGAUGAUCACGAGAAUAGAGUAUUUGCAUUCAAAAGGAUUUCUACACAGAGACAUAAAACCAGAUAACUUUCUCAUGGGUCUUGGCAGGAAGGCAAAUCAGGUUUACAUUAUUGAUUUCGGACUUGCAAAAAGAUAUCGUGAUCCCGCCACAAACCGUCAUAUUCCUUACAGAGAGAACAAAAACUUGACAGGGACAGCAAGGUAUGCCAGUUGCAAUACACAUUUGGGGAUAGAGCAAAGUCGGAGGGAUGAUCUGGAAUCUCUUGGCUACGUUCUUUUAUACUUCUUGAGAGGCAGGUGUGGCCACUUUCCCUCAAUGCUAUUUCUC